GUGAUUGAAACGUUUUCAACUUCAAAGCGCACCAGUGACGUCGAUGUGAGUUGACUGAAAAGCAAAACAACAUAGAGGAAUAGUAUUUGUACUGAUCAGACGUAAAAGGUAUGAACGAAUGGCCUUAGAAAAGAAAGACCCACUUAGCGUUAUUCCUGCAAGUUCAAUUACUGUUAAACAGAGGAAGAAACCACAGAAAAUAUUGGACGAAGACACAUACACAAAGGAUGUUGAACACAUAAUAGAAGAAGACUUUUUUCCUGAUCUGCCUGACCUAAAAUCCAAAGCAGAAUACUUUGAAGCUCUAGAAAAAAAUGACCUCGUAAAAUUACGGAAGUUUCAGCUGAAGUUUACUGGUGGAAGGCCCACCACAAACCGGACAGAUUGUAAUUCACCUGCAACAUUUGAAACCCCGGAUAUUAGACAAAACGAUGGACCAACAUCAGAAAAAAUAGAUGAAGAGAAAAAUAAAGAGGAGAAAGAUGAAACAAGCACCAAAAAACAACCAAAAUUAUCUUUGGAUUCGUACAUGUCAAAAAACACAAGUGAAGACAAUGCAUCAUUUGCUGAGAUUUUAGAAGAAACACAAAAACAACACAAAGAAAAACAUGCCUGGCUGUUUGAGAAUGAAAGUAGUAGAAAACAAGAAGAAGAAAAUAGACUUGCACUGCCAAGCAUAGAACAGCAGGCAGCCAUAGAAGCUCCUCAGGCUGGUGUAGACACGUGGAAAUACCAGGCCAGGAACAAUCUGAUGUAUGUUCCUGAUGGUGCAGACUUCAGUGCACAAGAAAUCAUAGAUGCUCAGAAGCAAAAACCCAGAAAAAUAGUUCACGAGAACACACGCUUUACACAGUGUCCCUGGAACAAGAAUAAAAAUCAGGCUCUGAUAAAAGAUGCUGCCACAGCAAGGGCCAUUAUCAAUCAGGGGAAGAUAGGACACGAUGGCAAGGAGAUACUUCCGGCCGAGUCCCCACGGGUCAAUGGCUAUGGAUUUGUAGCUACUCCCUCCCCAGCUCCAGGAGUUGAUGAGUCUCCUCUGAUGACAUGGGGAGAAAUUGAAAGUACACCAUUCAGACUGGAAGGAGGGGAAACUCCAAUGAUUGGAUCUGGACCAGCAUUCAAAAUUCCAGAAAUUCCCAAAAGGGAUCAGUUAGCAAUGGAUUUAGCAGAAAAAGCCAGCAAAUCUCAUCGAGACAAGAAGGAAAAGGCUCUCCGCAGUGUUCAGGCAAGAUUAGCAUCACCCUUUUCCCCCAAGUUUGGGCGUAGUACAUCAGACAGGAUAAGCUCCAUGUCACCAGCUGCUCAGAAACUAGCUCACUCACGACUCGGAAUCCGGUCCAAUACAGAUAAAGCCCUCCGUGCCAGUUACACCCCCUCUCCUUCCAACAGACUUCCUGGGAGUAAGACACCUAUCAGUCUUACCCCCAGUCGGACCCCUAAAAAUAGCACCCCGUCAGCAGUGCGGACACCGGGCAGUAAGAGAGAGGGUGGGGAUGUGCAGUCCCUCACAGACAAUCUAUUACAGCUCCCCAAAAGACCCAAGGCUGCUGAUUUCUUUUGAUAUAUGGUGAUUGAAUCACAGGAUAUUGUUUCAUGAGGAAAAUUUUCAGUGAAAUUGUGGUUAAGAGAGCAAUGCAAAAUAUUGUGUUCAGUGUGCUUGAGAAUGAUAUUUUGCAAAUCAUUCUGUACUGUCCUUUUCAGUGUAAAGCAAAAAGCAGAUAUCACUUACAUUUUAUGAAAUGAAAGUUACAUUUUUUUUUAAAAGAGGAAAGUCAAAGACUUUUGUUUUUUGUCCAAUUGACAGUAUACAAAAAUACGUGUGAUACAUCAUAAUAAAGUAAGAAAAUAUGUGGUUUUAAGGCGAAUUUUAAUGCCUUUAAAUAAAUGUAUAAAAUAAAAAAAAAAAUUAGAAAAAUCACUUGAAUGUUUUGUGUGAACUUGAUAGGGACACAUUAAUUUAAGUAUACAAAGAAGCCAGAAACUUGAAUUUUAAGCAAUCCCAAGAGUCUCUUCCUGUAAUUCCCAAUCUGAAUCCAGGCAUCUCAAAAAAAUCAAUUGCAAGACAUUUAACUUGCAAACUUAAAAUUAUGUAAUGUUGUCAUCUUCAGUGCAUUCAUAUCACAGAAUAUCAAAUUUAUAUAUAUUGAAUAAUUUUCCUAUUUCUUGCUUGUUUCAGUGUACUGAACAUUAAUGAGUUAAUAAAAUAUGCCUUAAAUGUACCUAUAUUUUUUCUGCAAUGAUAGGGUAGUUGUGUUUUUUCAUGAAAUAUGUGUCUGCAGGUUUUUUGCCUUCGGGUGGAAAAACAUUGAUUAAAUAUUAAAAAUUUAUUUUAUUUGAAAA